AUGGCCCCUCCAGCAACACCAUACCAGCCGUACGCGGAAAGCCACAAGGAUCCCGGAGGCCCUGGUGAUGCCCGCCCGAGUUCCAUGCAGAUCCUCAAGGACUGCAAUGCCAUUGGCGCCCUUAAAGGGAAGACUGUAUUGAUUACGGGUUGCUCUGCUGGACUGGGCGUUGAGACUGCUCGGGCAAUGUACGAAGCUGGCGCCACUGUGUUCGCUGCGGCGCGUGACAUGAAGAAGCUCGACGGUGUGAUCGAGGACAUUGUCAAGAACGCCGAAAACAAAAGCGGACCAAAGCCGCAGCCACUUGAACUACACCUGGACUCUCUGGACUCUGUCCGCAAGGCUGCUGAGGAGUUCAAGCAGAAGUCCGGCGGUCAGCUGAACAUUCUCAUCAACAAUGCUGGCGUCAUGGCCGCGCCGUACGGAACUACUCAAGACGGCCUGGAGACUCAGAUCGGCGUGAACCAUUUUGCCCACUUCCUGCUAUUCCAGCUGCUCAAACCCCUCCUCCUCGACUCAGCCAAAAAGUCCGGCAGCCCCAGUCGUGUCAUCAACGUCACUAGCGCCGGACACCGUUUCAACUCCCUCACCUUCCACGACAAACCCACCUUAGACGCCUGGAACCGCGGAGAAGGCUACGUCAACUGGGGGGCCUACGGCAGCGCCAAAACCGCCAACAUUUGGAUGGCCAACGCCAUCGACCGCAAAUACGGCUCUCAGGGCAUCCACGCCUGGUCCGUCCACCCCGGCGGCAUCCAGACGGAACUCGCCAGACACUUGACUCCCGAAGACUUCGCGAUGUUCGGGGAGGAGAUGCUGAAAGUGAUGAUGACGAAGAUCUACAAGUCGACGAGCCAGGGCGCCGCGACGACGGUGUGGGUUGCGGUGAGCCCGCAUUUCGAGGGCAAGAACGGUGGGCAGUAUCUUGAGGAUGCUGGGGAGACGACGCUGGUCGGCGAGAAAGCGGAUCUUAUGGCGCCAGGGCAUGCGCCACAUGCUUAUGAUGAGGAGAAGGAGGAAGGGCUGUGGAAGCUUAGUUGUGAGGUUGUUGGUGUGUCUGAUGAUUGA